GAAGGUAAUUAAUCUCUACGCUUCUCUCUCUGCAAUUACUCCUUGAGAGCCUCUCUCUCUAAAGUAUUGAGUAUUGCUGACUUGAGCGUUGGAGUGUUUUCCCCGAGGAAACAUCCUCGGGAUUUUCAGGUGUAGAAGCAGCUGAAGACUUCAACAGUGCUGGAUUGUGAAGCUGCCCAAACAUUUGGCGCCGUCUGUGGGAAAUCGAACAAGAAGUCGUGUGACUUAACCUGCUGAGAGAAAAUGGUUCGUACCUUUACAGGAGGUCGCCCUCCAAGAAAUGAAGUGGACGAACAUGAGGACAUACAAGUAUCUGAGCCCGGGUUGAAUGACUUUAGGCCAAUGCCUAGAAAUCUUUUUGUAGGGGGAGCCGAACAGGAUCACCUAAGUGAGACAGAUGAUGAAAGAACACCAACUGGGUACGCAACCCAACCCGAACAGUUCCAAGUUCCAACAGGAACAAGACGAAGACCUUCUAGACCACACAAUUCACAGCAUGAACGGCCUGAAAGGUCAACAGAACCUGCUCGGACAACCGAGCUCGAAGAGAGAACUAGAGUUCUCGAAAUGGCAAUGGGUAAAAUCCUUGCCCGCCUAAUCCCUGAUGACCCCUUGAUUCCUUUGCUGAACAGGGAUGCACAACCAGCUGUGGUUGUUGCAACUAGAAACUCCCCCGCUCUAAGCAAUAUAGUAGUGCCGACCAGGCCUAGGGGAAGUGGGAAAUUGAAUAUCGAGCCCAGCCCGUCCAAAUAUAGUGAAGAAUUGAUGAGAAAGAACGCAGACCUUGAAAGGCAACUGCGGGAUGUGCAGAAAUCCAUUGACGAGCUGAAAAGCCCCAGGCGUACGAUCGACCUCAAGGACAGGGGUACCAGCAUAGAGGGACACAGGAUGCAUAUCAGGAUAACCAGUAUCCUUCUGAACAGAGCAGAGCAUACCGAGGACGUCCUUUCAACAGGAGAGGGCAGGGGGCCAGAGCGCCUGAGCUCGCAAGACAUAUGCCCGACAGAUUAUAAGCGAAUAGAAGGAGAGCCCGACAUUAUGAUGCCCCAUGCAGAUCCCUUUGUGGCAACAGUUCAUAUAGGUAAUCAUAAUGUCAAUAAGGUGUUUAUUGACACUGGCAGUUCACCAGAUAUCCUAUACUGGGGUUGCUUCCAGAAGAUGCAGCUAAAUCCGAGCUCGCUGCAGAAGCACGAAGGGCCAAUAUACGGGUUUGAUAACCAGCCCGUCCCAGUUGAGGGAGUUAUUACUCUUCCUAUAUAUGUGGGCUCAGAACCGCGCUUCAGGAUGGCUUCUGUCACCUUCCUGGUCGUUAAGAUGGAAUCAGCUUUCAAUGCUAUAUUAGGAAGAGCCACCCUGUGCGAGCUGAAGACUGUCAUCUCGCAACCCCAUCUCUGCAUGAAAUUCCCAACUCCUCAGGGGGUAAGAGUGCUGAAGGGGAAUCAAAAGAUGGCUAGAGCCUGUUAUCAAGAUACGUUCAAGAAGGUCGAGCUCGCCACAACCCGGGCGGGUGUUGAAGCUCGCAAGCCAACCCAGCUCGGUCAACAGACAAUGAGUAUAUCGGAUAUUGAGCAUCGACCUGAGGGCGUUGAAAGAGUGGAAUACUCUGAAUGGGUCUCCAACCCUGUGCUCGUCAAGAAGCCAAACGGCAAAUGGAGAAUGUGCAUUGAUUUCACCAAUCUCAAUGACGCAUGUCCAAAAGACCCUCACCCGUUGCCAAACGUAGAGAAGUUAGUAGAACGGGCAGCAGGACAUGAAAGGAUGAGUUUUCUUGAUGCAAGCUUGGGUUACCACCAGGUCCAGUUGUUCCUAGACGACCAAGAAAAAACAGCUUUUUACGCUGGUGACGCAAUAUACUGCUAUGUCAUGAUGCCAUUCGGCCUCAAAAAUGCCGGAGCAACAUACCAGAAGUUGGUGCAAAUCAUCUUUAAGCUCCAGAUCGGCAGGAACAUAGAAGUGUAUGUAGAUGACAUGAUAGUCACCAGCGUGCGAGUUGAGGAUCACAUUGGCGACCUGGAUGAAACUUUUCGAAAUUUGUGCCGAGCACAAAUGAAGCUGAAUCCUUUGAAAUGCACAUUUGCUGUAGAGUCGGGAAAAUUCCUAGGAUAUGCGGUAUCCAAGAAAGGAAUUGAAGUAAAUCCAGAAAAAGUUGAGGCCGUUCAGCAGAUGGAGCCACCAAGGACUGUCAAAGACGUGCAGCGUUUGACAGGCCGUGUUGCUGCGUUGCACAUGUUUAUAGCCAGAUCGGCGGAAAGGUGCCUUCCGUUUUUCAAAGCUCUGCGGGAGCCUAAGAACUUCCAGUGGACUGAUGAAUGUCAACAGGCAUUUGACGAGCUCAAACAAUAUUUGGCAUCCGCACCCCUGCUGUCCAAGCCCGUCGAUGGAGAAAGUUUGUACCUUUAUCUGGGGGUCACAGAAGAAGCAGUGAGUUCAGUACUACUGAGGGAAGAAAAUAAACAUCAGAAGCCUAUCUGCUACGUGAGCAAGGUGUUACAAGGUGCCGAGCAGAACUACCCGCUAGCAGAAAAGGCUGCUUUUGCUUUAAAGCCAGAGCUCUCUGGUCGGCUCAUCAGAUGGAGUGUCGAACUAAGUGAGUAUGACCUUAAAUUUCAGCCGCGCACGACUAUAAAAGGCCAAGCUGUGGCAAACUUCCUAGUUGAAUGCGCCCCGGCGGCUGUUAAAGAAAAGGUACCUGAAUACCCAGUUUGGGUUUUGUAUGUAGAUGGAGCUGCUAAUGUCGAAGGAUCAGGUGCUGGGGCUGUGUUACUGGGCCCUGAUGGCUUCAAGUCUGAGCACGCACUAAGGUUUAAGUUUCAGACAACCAAUAAUGCUGCAGAAUAUGAAGCCCUAAUAUAUGGACUGAAGCUGGUGGCCGAGCUGAAGGUACAAAGCAUUCAGGUCUUCAGCGACUCUCAGCUUGUUGUCCGCCAGGUGAAUGGCAGUUGCGACAUCAGGGAUCCCCAGCUCAGUCGUUAUGCCCUUGUGGUCAACAGAUGGAAGUCAAGGUUUGCUUCAUUUCGGAUCGACAAAAUACCACGGGCAGAUAACCACCGAGCUGACGAGCUGUCAAAGUUGGCCUCCUCGCAGGACAUUAACCCUCAAAGAUCAACAAUCGUCGAGGUGCUCGACGCACCAAGCUACACUGAUUUCACAGUCGACUGUCAACUACUCAGUACAGAUCCCUCUACAUCGAGCUGGACUACCCCACUCAUAAAUUAUCUACAAAGUGGCGAGCUGCCUGAAGAUCUGUCCGCUGCGAAAUUGAUUAAACGAAGGGCAGCACAUUUCACUUUAUUAGAUAACCAGCUCUACAAACGAGCAACCUCAAUGCCCCUAUUACGCUGCCUUACUCCUUACGAAGCUGAAUACGCUGUGAGAGAAGUUCACGAAGGAGUAUGUGGCACACACAUCGGUGGCAAAACUUUAGCUCGAAAACUCUUGAGGCAUGGGGAAAUGCUAUCAUCUCUCACGUCUCCCUGGCCCUUUGCUCAAUGGGGUGUCGACCUGCUCGGCCCUUUUAUCAAAGGCAAAGGAGGCUGUACUUUCCUGGUCGUUGCAGUGGAUUACUUCACUAAGUGGAUAGAAGCUAAACCACUGUCCAAGAUAACAGAAAGAAAAAUAGAAGAAUUCUUGUUCAAUUCAGUGUUGUGUAGGUUCGGCAUACCUAAGAGAAUUAUCGCCGACAAUGGGCCACAGUUCCGAGCAGCAGCGCUGAGAUCGUUUUGUGACGACUAUGGCAUCGAGCUCGCUUUGACGUCCGUGUAUACUCCACAGUCCAACGAGCAAGCCGAGUCCGCCAAUAAAAUCGUCUUGCGAGGCCUCAAGACACGCGUUUUGGCUGCGCAUUCUAAUUGGGUUGACGAGCUCGAUAAAGUGCUUUGGUCUUGUCGCACCACACCCAGCUCGGCCACAGGCGAAACCCCUUUCAGCCUAGCCUAUGGAGCUGAAGCCGUCAUCCCAGUAGAGGUUGGAUUGCCAUCCGAUCGAGCAGGCCAGCAUGACGACCUCAACAAUGAGCAACUUUUGAGAGAGAACCUGGACUUCGUAGAAGAGGUCAGGGAGAUGUCUAGAAUAAGAACCGUGGCACAUCAAAACCGUGUUGCAAAAUUUUACAAUAAAAGAGUCCGAGCUCGCCAGUUUCAAGUUGGCGACCUGGUCCUACGUAAAGCUGGAUUAACUAACACUCAUUCGCACAUGGGCAAGCUCGCUCCUAAUUGGGAAGGCCCCUAUAUGGUUGUUCAAGUUAAACGACCUGGUUCUUACGUGUUAGCAGAUAUACAAGGGCGUCAGUUACCUUACAUUUGGAACAUACAGAAUCUUAGAAAAUUUUACAGUUAGCCUGUAUACUAUUCUUUUAUUCAAGUCGUUAUUCGACAAUUGUAAAUAAGGGCAUACCAGAAAU